GCCAUUGCCAGAUUCCUCCAAAAAAACAACAAAUAAUCGAAAAUUUCGUUGAUUCCAGUAUAAAAUCGCCCAAUUUAAGACAUUUUUAGUGAAGACAAGUGCACGAUGAAUCUCGGCAAACGCAUGGAUGCAAGAUUAUUGCAACAAAUCCCGCCACAAACGGAAAUUCGUAAGACAGGACAGACCGCAGGGAGUGCUGAUAUUUAUUAUUACAGUAGUCGCGGCAGUAAUAACAGUAAUAAUAGCAAAUAUGACACCGCAAAGAUCUCCAUGAGUCGAAUAGGAGACGGCACCGUGGAUUUAACAGGAUACGAUUACAGCUUGAGCAGCGCCAACAAAUUAAUUCAGAACAUAAAUCCGAAUAUUUCGCUGCAUUCGACGACUUUGACGUCAGUGAAGCGAAAAGAACCGCCUGUCGCUUAUUCUGGGAGCCCUAAGCAACAAGCAACGAUCGAUUAUAGUCGUCCUCCGAAGCCAGAUGCGUCGCUGGUGCCGCCCAUUCGUCAAACAGCGUCAAUUUUCAAGCAGCCCGUCACACUUUACAAAACCAACACGGAAAGUAUCGUCAAGGGUGACUUGAAACCCACAACGAAUGACAAACCGAAGCAACUUUUUUGGGAAAAACGACUUGAAAAAUUAUCAGCAUGCGCAUCCGACGGCGAAGAAUUCAAACAAAUCGACUUGGAAGGAUGUCUCAAGCCCGUUGGACCAUUUAUUAGUGAGAUGACAGUAUUACAAUCCGUGGCGACGGCGCUUCAUUUGAAUAACGGACCAAUUACGGGACAAACGGCGUCGAAAGCGUCCCUUUUAUCGAAUGCGGGAGCAUUUACGAAUCCGGAUCAGCCGUUGAUGCAUGCCGUGAACAUUACCGACGACGAUAUUCGACGACAAGAGGAGAAAGUGAACAAUGCACGAAAAUUGCUGCAAGAAGCACUGAAAGCAUAAAAUCUCGUGACAAGACAGUUUUCAAAAAAAGUAAUUUUAAUGCACUUUUCAACUCUUAAGCUAUCAUUAAUGUAAUUUAAUUUUUUUAAGUGUUUUAAGGAAAUAAAAUACGUAAGACUAGAUUUUGGUAAAAAUU